CUUGCCAGUUUGGCCGACAAUAAGGAAGUUGGUUUCCAGAUUUCAGGUUGAAAUAAGAUAUGGCAUCUAAUGAAAGGAGCCAAGGUCAGCAUUUUCUGGAGUGUGAUGUUUGUAAAAAGCCAGGGUCCUUCUGCUGCAGAAGAUGUGGAGUGAAUCUUUGCGAUCCAUGUGUGCCAAUGCAUCUCCGUAUCAAAUCAGUGAACGGACAUGACGUUGUGGACUACACAGAUAAAGAUGUCAACGAAACUUGUAUUUGCGCUUCCCAUCCACAACAGGAAUGCUGUGCUUACUGUAACACAUGUGACAGCCCAAUAUGUUUGGUUUGCGUUUCGAUCAAACACAAAUCGCAUGAAAUGUCUGAGUUGUCCGAAAAAAUAGAAGAACUCCUGAAAGAAAUUACGCGUGAAAAUGAGCUACUUCAGUCAUUCAAACUUGAACUUGAGAAAAUCAUUGAUCAUAGUACAAAACGAUUGUCUUCUCUCUGUAGGGUUUAUGAAAAAAGAAAGCAGGAAGUUAAAGCACGGGGAGAAAAAUGGCAUAAAUACAUAGAAGAAGUUGUGAAGCAUUUACACCAGGAACUGGAUGACAUGCAAAAGGAGCACGAAACAGUGCUGCAGAGACAGAAAAAUGAAUUUGAAGAAAUAUUGCAGGAAAUUGAUAAAAUGAAUACGGAAACGACGACAUUGCAAAAAUCAAAAAACAUCGAGAAAAUGAAGAAAUUUAUACCAGUGAUUAAAAAGCAAGAAACAGAUAGAGAUGUUGCAGAGUGGUCCCUUCCUGUCUUUUACCAAUUUGAAACUGAGAUGGAUGUUUUCAAAUCUUCUUUUGGCUACAUUGAAAAAAUGAGAAAAAACAAGGUUCCCCUGAAGGAAUUAAUUGCUGUAAGCACCGAUGAUGAUAUACAGAAUCGCAAAAUAUUCAAAUCACCAAAAGUUAUCGCAACCAUAGACACCGAUUUUUCCGAAAACGAAUAUCAUAAUCGUCUACAUGACAUGGUUCCUACUAAUGAUAAAAAAAUGUGGAUCGUUGGAGUGAAAAAUGAACUCAAGUUGUAUGAUCUCCAGGGAGUACUUUACAACACGAUCCAAUGUUCAGAAAAAGGAAGCAUAUACGUAUCUAUAUACAACACAAAAGUAGUCUUCACAAGACCCACUGCACUGAAAACAUUGUCCGAGGGUAACACAGAAGUUACGAUGUUCGAAAUUCCAAACUGGAUUGCCCUCGGAAUUAUAAGUACCGCGUCAGAUGAUCUCCUGAUCUCGCAAUGCAGGGAUGAUCAGUACAAAAUUGUGCGAUAUAGCGGCACUGGUACCAUGCUGCAAGAACUCCAGUACGACUCACAGUCACAGCCUCUAUAUAAUAAGAUAAGUUAUAUUGCUGAGAAUGUCAAUGGGGACAUCAUGGCAAGUGAUUGGGGAAUGAAAGCUGUUAUUGCUGUCAAUAAAUUAGGGAUAUUUCGUUUUUCUUACACAGAGAAGGAAAGUACGUUUUUUCCUAGUGGGCUCACAACCGAUUCCGUCGGUCAUAUUUUCAUUUGUAAUCGUAUUGGUGACAAUAUUCACAUGCUAGACGGCGAUGGACGAUUCCUGAGAUACAUUAUUCCCGAUCAAGGCAUUUCAUAUCCGUGUGUUGUAUGUAUUAUCACUGAUGGGGAAUUGAUUGUCGGGGAGGGUAAGAGCGGUAGGGUUAAAAGGAUAACGUAUAUGGAACAAUAA